ACCAUUUUCAGCACUGCCCGCUGCUGCAACAUUUACCAACACUGCAAACUGCAUUAAAAAUAUUAAGUUACAAAUUGCAACAAAAUGAGCUCCAACCACCGUCCCCUGGACGACUCGGAUAUCCUGCUGAUACAAACCAUCCGCGAGACGCCGUCGCUGUACGACCCACAGCUGCCCUCCUUCCGGCUGUCGCAGCGAAAGGAGGAGGACUGGGCCAAAGUGGCGGAUGUGCUCAACAUAUCGACGAUGGACGCGCGGCGUCGCUGGACCUGCCUUCGGGAUCGCUACUCCCGGGAGCUGAAGCAGAAGCGGCUGCAUCCGUCUGGCGAGUUUGGGCACAACGACUUCUUUCGGAAGAUGGACUUCCUGCGAGACUUUGUGCGCAAGCGACGGGAGCGAAGAGGACGCGACCGGGAUAGGGAUCAGAAGCCAGCGGGAUGGCUAAAAGUGGACAUGCCGCGGCGUCGUAUCCGCCUGCCCCUCGAUACGGACGCCCUCAUCGAGGAGCAGGGCUCGCAGGUGUACGAGGAGGGUGAGGAGCAGCAGCAAUACGAAGCCAAGCUGGAGGGGCAGACGACGCAGUCGGAGACGUACUCGGUGCUCGUGGAGGCGGACGAUGGCCAGGAGCCGGAUCAGGAGAGCUUUGACGAGUUCCUCGGCGAGUCGGAGUGCGAUCAGAAGGUUAAGGUCCUAACCAUCCAUCCGGAAGUUUCCACUCCUAAGGCAAUAUCUGCUCCGCCUUGUGAAGCAGUAGAGCCCAGCCAGACGGACAUAAACUAUGUUGUCUGUGUGCCCAACGCGAGCCAGGAGCGAGAGCGUUCCGCUCCAGAUUCAGUAGUCAAUCCGCCGGCCGUUCUCCCUCCAAACAACUCGGAAACGGAGGACGAUUUCUUCUGCAAAUCGAUCGCCGCCUACCUGCGUCAACUGUCGCGCGUGCACAAGAUCAAGGCUAAAGUUGAGAUGUAUCAGAUAUUGGAGAAGUACAUACUGCUCGAGGAGAGUGGAACGGGGUCGCAUGCGAAUGGGUCGGGCUAAGCAGGAUACGUAGCUACUUAUGUACAUAGAUUUUAACAUAGUUUUUUAAUGCAGUACAAAUAUACAAAGUGA